AUGGGUCCGAAGCAAAAGGGCGGCGGUGGAGGAAACAAGCAAAAGGGAAAUACGGCAGAAGAAGUCGAAGAGACCCUGCAAGCAGUUGUGUUUGCGGAUACCUUCGAGACUAGAUUCGAGCCGUUUACUUUGGAGAAGCCUAGGUGUCUCUUGCCGCUGGCUAAUACGCCACUAAUCGAAUACACGCUUGAAUUCCUCGCUAAUGCCGGCGUGCAAGAUGUCUUCCUUUACGGAGGAGCACACUCCAAUUUAUUGGAGAAGCAUAUCAGUACAUCCAGAUGGAAAGCAUCAUCAUCCCCCUUCAAAAAACUCACCUUCCUCAAAUCCACCUCCACCUCCGUCGGAGACGUCAUGCGCGAUCUAGACGGCAAACACCUAAUCACCGGCGACUUCAUCGCCGUCAGCGGCGACGUCGUCAGCAACUUCCCUAUCGAUGAAGCCCUCUCCAAGCACCGCGCGCGUCGCCAAACAGACCGAAACGCAAUCAUGACCAUGGUGCUGCGAGAAGCCGGUGCCCAGCACCGCACAAAAUCGUCUUCCGUCUCGCCUGUCUUUGUGGUUGAUCCUACCAAGGAUCGGUGUUUACACUAUGAGGAGAUUGACCACCAUUCGCAUACAGAUGGGCCAGCACGAUUGACGAUCGAUACUGAGCUUCUUACGACGCAUGCGGAACUCGAUAUCCGUCAGGAUUUGAUUGAUUGUAACAUCGAUAUUUGCACACCAGAUGUGCUCAGCCUGUGGUCUGAUAGUUUCGACUACCAGGCUCCGCGCAAACACUUUCUCUACGGUGUCUUGAAGGAUUAUGAGUUGAAUGGGAAGACGAUCCACACACACAUCAUCAAGGAGCACUAUGCGGCUCGAGUGAGGAAUCUUAAGGCCUACGAUGCGAUCACAAAGGAUAUCGUCACCCGCUGGACAUAUCCACUCUGUCCAGAUACAAAUCUACUUCCAGGACACAGCUUCGAGUUGAGACGGGGAAAUAUAUAUCAGGAGCGAGGCGUAAUACUAGCUCGGUCCUGUGUGGUUGGAAGACGAACGGUCAUUGGUCAGGGGACGAGCAUAGGCGACAAAACAACUGUGACGAACUCGGUGCUAGGCAGGAAUUGCCGGAUAGGCAAAAAUGUGAUUCUUGAUGGAGCAUAUAUCUGGGACGGGGUUGUGAUUGGCGAUAAUACGGAGAUUCGACAGGCGAUUGUGGCUGAGGACGUUGUUGUGGGCGACAAUUGCAAGGUCGAGUCGGAUGUGCUGCUGUCUUAUGGUGUCAAGAUUUCGAACGGGAUUACAGUCGCUGAAGGCACCAGGGUUACUGUUGCGCCGCGCGAGGAUGGGUCCGUGCCUGAAGACGACCAACAGAUUGUAGGCAGCGAGGGACGGGGUUAUGAAUAUGUUGGUGAAGAAGAUGAGGAUGACGAGGAUGUGCGUAGCGAAUCCUCUGGUCUAAUCUACAACAUGGCCAAUCUAUCUCUCUCCACCGACUCCAUCUCUACACUGUCAAGUGAGAUCUCCGACGACGGAUACUUUCACGGCCAACGAAGUGACAGCUUCGGCACUUCUGCAUCCGAAGACGACGAUCACGAUCACUUCCAGCACGACGCAUCCAACAAUUUGUACGAGAGUAUGCGUGAUGGUGUCUCGCCCGACGUGGUAGCCCUCGAACUAGUCAGUCUGCGCAUGAGCGCCAACGCAUCCGACCACCAAGUCCGGCACGCUGUAGCCUCCUCGUUCAUGAAACGCAUCACCCAACUUGUCACCGAAUCCGGCAAGAGUGCCGGCGACGCAGUCCAUGAUGUCUUCACACGCUACAAAGACGUAAUCGAUCGAUGUCUCUUCGACAAGAACAAGGAGCAGAAGACAGAUCAAAUCGAUAUGUUGCUACAGAUACAGCAGGAUCUCGUCCAUCGCGCCAAGGGUGAUACCAUCCUCUUGUUCGCGGCCAAGGAGUUGUAUGAUCUAGACAUCAUCGAGGAAGAGGCGUUUGAGGCGUGGUGGGCUGAUGAGCGCUCCACUGCGACCGACGAGAUGAAGACGGUGAGGGCUCAGACGCAGCAGUUUGUGGAUUGGUUGGCGAAUGCGUCGGAGGAAGAAGAUGAUGACGAUGAAAGCGAAGACGAGAGUGGAGAAGACGAUGAUGAAGAGGAUGAAGAUAGUGAUGAAUGA